AAAAAUGUGAAAAAUGUCAUAAAGUAAAAAUAAACAUUUUAUUUUAUUAUUCCCCUUUCAGUGAUUUUGGACUGUGCAAUUUUAGGAAAACAAGUUGACGAAUUAAAUAAUUAAGUUUUUAAUCAUGUCUCAUAUAUAAUUGCAGCUUAAUAUAUAAUUGUGAUGGUGAUAGUGUGUAAUUCCUUUAAAAAAUCGAGACUCCAAACAAAAUAGUAUUAAGAAACGUAUAUUUAACCGAGGAAAUAAAUGACAAGUAAACAAUCUUUAAUGUUCGCAGAACAAAUGGAGUGGAAUUUACAUUCGGAUGGAUUAGAGAAGCCUAUCUUAUGGAAUUUUUCAAACAUAGAUUCUACAAGAAAUGUUUUAGAAAUGAACAACGAAAACCUAGUAUUUCAACAGAAUGACUUGUUUCCAUCGGCAUUUCCUGUCAUGGCAGAUAUCAGAAGACAAGGAAAAUUGUGCGAUGUGGUGUUAAAAGUGGAAGGUCAAUAUUUUAGUGCUCAUAAAAUAGUUUUAGCUUCUACCAUUCCAUAUUUCCAGGCGAUGUUCAUGAAUGAUAUGAUAGAAUCUCGAAACAAAGAAAUCGAAAUAAAAUGCAUCGAUGUUAUGGCACUUGAAGCAUUAAUAAAUUUUGCUUACACUGGUAAAAUAACUUUGGACAAAAACAACGUCCAGAGUAUUAUGAUAGGAGCAUCUUACUUGCAAUUAAAUAAAGUCAGAGACGCUUGUGCCAAUUAUUUGCUACAAAGAAUUCAUCCUCAGAACGCCCUGGGUUUUAAGCAUUUUGCAGACUCCCUAGGCUCUUCAGUAUUGGCGGACUCCGCGGAAAAAUACAUCGAGUUGUAUUUUCCCGAGGUCUCCCAGCACGACGAGUACUUAAAUUUACCCAUAAAGGAAAUUAAGGAACUACUGCCGAAAAACGAUCUCAGGGUUGAUAGCGAGGAACAAGUUUUCGAAGCUUGCAUGAGAUGGGUCAAGCACGACAUUUCAUCGAGGAAGGAUCACUUACCGGAGUUACUGUCACUCGUUAGAUUGCCGUUAUUGUCUCCUUUGUACAUAACUGAUCGCGUUAGGAAUGAAGAUCAAAUCAGAUAUUCCAUUCAAUGCAGGGACUUGGUGGAUGAAGCUCUCACGUUCCAUUUAAUCCCCGAACGAAGGGCUCUAAUACAAAGCUUCAGGACGGAGCCUCGAGUUUGCGACAUCAAAGGACAAAUAUACGUGGUAGGUGGACUAAAUAAACACGGCGAUUCUCUAUCGACAGUCGAAUAUUACGAUCCUACUAAAAAUAAAUGGAACAUGGCACCGCCUAUGUCGAUGAUGAGGUCUAGACUAGGGGUAGCUGUAAUUAAAAGCAAGCUAUUCGCCUUUGGCGGUUACAACGGAAAGGACAGGCUGUCUAGCGUUGAAGUAUUUGAUGCUGUUAGAAACGAAUGGUCUACAGUAGCACCGAUGAUCAGUAAAAGAAGUGCUUUAGGAGCUACAGCAUUAGGGGAUAUUAUUUACGUGUGCGGCGGAUACGAUGGUUUAACAUCGUUGAAUUCAGUGGAAAGGUACCAUCCGAGUACGAACUCUUGGUGUUCUUUGGCGCCUAUGAAUAAAUCUAGAAGCGCUGGAGCUGUUAUAGCUUGCCAAGGAUACAUUUACGCUCUGGGCGGACACGAUGGAUUAUCGAUAUUCGAUUCAGUGGAAAAAUACAAUCCGACUACCAAUACAUGGUGUGAAGCGCCUCCGAUGCUUACGAAACGGUGCAGGCUCGGAGUUGCCAUGCUAGGUGGAAAAUUGUACGCUUGCGGCGGAUACGACGGCAGUUCUUUUCUUCAAACAGUCGAAAUGUUUGAUCCUCUGACUAAUAAAUGGGUGUACGUAGCGCCGAUGAUUGCUCAAAGGAGUAGAGUCGCGCUAACGGCGAAUAUGGGAAAAUUGUGGGCGGUCGGAGGUUACGAUGGAAUCUCUAAUCUCGUAACCGUCGAAGUAUACGAUCCUAAAUCAGACAAAUGGACUUACGCAGAAGACAUGAUUGCGCACGAAGGCGGCGUUGGUUUGGGUGUUAUAUCCAUACCGUAAUUAUAUGAUUGCUGUUUAAAAAAAAAACAGGGAUGUUAUUAGGAUUUUAAGUUUGAAUAUUUUAUGAUUGAAUAAAAGUUUUAAAGUAUUAA